UUUUCAUUAAGGCGGGUGGGUGGCGCUCACUUCAUCCCCGUUUGCGUCCACAUUCAGUCGGCCAGCCGAGCGAGCCAGACAGACAGCGCAGACCCGAAACGAACCGCGCCGAACCCGAGCGUCGAUUAGCGGCGUCAACGCACACCGACGCGAUGACCUGCUAGCGCAUCUUUUACGCACGUUUUUCCCCAAUUCGCGUGUCAUUUCUCUCGCGGGGGGCACCAUGGAGACAAUAUGGGUCCACCAAGUCCUCUCCCGGCUUUUGCUCCUCAGCCUCGUGGUCGCCAUGGUGGAACCGUUGGUCCGCAACUUGAAGAAAUUCCCAGAAGAUAUCGACUGGUCGUACACAGGUACCCUGAACCAGCGCAACUGGGGUAAGAAGUACCCGACGUGUAACAGCGCCAGACAAUCGCCGGUGGACAUCGACGAGACCUUCACCCAAGUCCGACUUCAAUACCAGAACCUUCGACUGGAGGGUUGGGACAGACUCAUGGCGGAAUCCACCACCAUCCACAACAACGGCAAAACAGUGGCUAUCAAUGUGGAUGGAGACUUUUAUAUAAGCGGAGGCGGGUUGAGCUCCAGGUUCCGCGUGAGUACCGUCACCUUCCACUGGGGGCGCUGCAAUGCGACUUCCGAUGGAUCCGAGCACAGCCUCAAUGGGAUGAAAUACCCUCUUGAGAUGCAAAUCUACGCUUACGAUCCGAAUGCUUUCCGAAGUUUGGAAGAGGCCAUCAGGGAGGGAGGAAGGAUUGCGGCAUUAGCUGUGCUCUUUGAGAUCAGCUUGGACGACAACGUAAACCUCAAUCCCGUCAUCGACGCUGUCAACACUGUUAGUCGAUUUGGUAAGAGCGGCUCAAUGGAAGCCUUGACCCUUCAAUCCUUGCUUCCAAACAACACCGCCAAAUAUUACAUCUACAACGGCUCGCUGACUUCCCCUCCUUGCUCGGAAACGGUCGAGUGGGUCGUCUUCAAACACCCGGCGGAAAUAUCGGAAACGCAGUUGGAAGCGUUCUGCGAGGUGAUGACGGUGGAGCAGGCGGGCUACGUGAUGCUAACCGAUUACCUGCAAAAUAACUUCAGAGAACAACAGCAGUUCAUGGGACAGGUGUUUGCCUCGUACACGGGAGUUGAGGACGUGCCCACGCCUACCUGCAGUUCGGCGCCAGAAAACGUCCAAGCCGACGCUCAGAACGAAACGACCAUCGUGGUGACGUGGGAGCGUCCGCGUGUCGUUUAUGACACGACGAUCGACUGGUACACCGUCACCUAUGAGCGACUGCAAGGUCCGAACCAAAGAAAGCAGGAGUACAGAACUGACGGGGAUCAGGACGUGGGAGCCAUUAUCUCCAGCCUGCUAAGCAACAGCAGCUACGUCGUUCAAGUGGUGGCUGUUUGCACCAACGGCCUCCGAGGAAGAUGGAGCGACCAAAUUAUAGUCGACAUGCCGUUAGAAGAUCCCGAGAAUGAAGCAUUUCCCGAUGACUCGAAAAACACCAAAGAGAUGUCACCUAACGUCAAUUGGCAGAAGCCGGAGAAUCCCGAUCCUCUGGAUUUGACUCCAGUCGAUCACAGUCCGGUGGAGGAGAUCCCAGCAGAGCAGACUAGAGUUUACCAAAACCAACCCACGCAUCACCCCCAAACAACACAGAACCCGCCGGACCAGGUCGCCGUUCAAUCCACCCCAGAAUUUCCUCUUCCCGAGCCGCCCGUACAGAAAACACGGCUCAACCCCGAUGUAAAAAAGAAAAAGCCGAAAAGUGACGACGUGAGCAAAAACCACAUUGAAGAUGGGCGAAGAACUCGAACGCAACGGAUAUUUACCCACGGCGGCUUAGACGGCAACGGCGCAAUCUGGGUAACUAGCAUAACCCAGCAACCGGGCUUCCUCUUUCCCGUUUCGGCACCUAGCACGCUACCUAGCGUCCGCCAACAAAUCACACAAGACUCCUCCCUGCCGCUUCAGACUCAAGAUCUCAGCCCAACGGAUCCAAAUAAGUCAAACUCCUCUGUGAAGAACAUUCAAACCACCGACGUUUUCUACGAAGACCCAAUCAACAGCACAUCCAAAAUGGCCGCCUCUUCUCUAGGAUCUACUUUUACAUCACAAGGAACCACCGAAUCCGAUUCACCCGUCAACAAACCCCCAGAAGCAAGCACCUCAUUUUGGAUCUCCGAGAAGACGACGACUGGAAGCAACACUCUCGCCGAUACCGUCUACAAAUCCUUCACUUCCUCUUCUCUCCUCAGGGUUCUCAUGCAUACCACCCAGCCCAUGUUUAAUGAGGGAAGCAACAGCAGUCACGAAUCUCACGUGGGGUUGGUCGGGAGUGUCGAGCGGGAAAAGAGGACCAUCAUUCCUUUGGCUGUUGUCUCCACUCUCACCAUUUUGUGUUUGUUGCUUCUGGUGGGCAUUCUGGUCUAUUGGAGAAACUGUUUCCAGUCGGCUAACUUCUACCCCGACGACAGCACGUCACCGAAGGUCAUCUCGGUCCCGUCCACCCCUCUGCUGCUCGCCACGGACGGUCACGAGCCGUUGACGGUGAAGCAAUUUGUGAAGAACGUCAUGGAGCUCCACAACACCAACACCUUCUCCACGGAGUUUGAGAUUGUGAAAGAAUCCUACGAGGAGGUGCAAGCGUGCACAGUGGACAUGGGCAUCACCGCCGACAGCUCAAGUCAACCCGAGAACAAAUCCAAAAACAGAUACAUCAACAUUCUGGCCUAUGACCAUAGCAGAGUGAAGCUGACUAACAGUUUGGACAAAGACGGGAAAUGCGAGGACUACAUCAACGCAAACUUUGUUGACGGUUACGAACGUACCCGGGCCUACAUCGCAGCCCAGGGUCCUCUUCGAGCGGGCAGGGAAGACUUCUGGAGGAUGAUCUGGCAGCAGAACAUCGGCAUCAUCGUCAUGAUCACCAACCUGAAGGAGAAAGGACGGACCAAGUGCGAUCAAUACUGGCCAGAAGAUGGUCAGGAAGAAUACGGUUCAUACCAAGUGACUUUGAAGAGCAGCAAGACCCUCGCUUACUACACACUUCGGACAUUGAUCGUCAGAGAAACGGCAAAUAAGGCGUCGCAGAGGAAAGUCGAACACACAGUCCAGCAUUACCACUACACCCAGUGGCCAGACAUGGGAGUACCAGAAUACACUCUACCUGUCCUGUCCUUCAUCAGAACUUCCUCUCAGGCCAGAACUCAGGAUAUGGGACCCGUUUUGGUCCACUGCAGUGCUGGCGUAGGGAGAACGGGGACUUAUAUUGUCAUAGAUAGCAUGCUGCAGCAGAUCGAGGAUCAAGGGACGGUGAAUGUUCUCGGGUUCUUGAAACAUGUGCGGACUCAGAGGAACUUCCUGGUUCAAACGGAGGAGCAGUACGUGUUCAUCCACGACGUUUUAGUAGAGGCCAUAUUGAGCCGCCACACCUCCGUCGCCUGCGACCAUCUCCACUCGUACGUUUCCGGCCUGCUCACACCUGGAGCGUCCGGGCGGACACGCAUGGACAAGCAAUUCAAGUUGAUCAGUCAGCGGCAAGCCAAACACGCCGACUACAGCACGGCUCUGCGAGACGGCAACGCUAUGAGGAACCGAGCCAGAGCCCUGAUGCCGGUGGAGCGAUCAAGAGUUUGUCUCACCGCCACAGAAGGAAACUCCUCAGGCUACAUCAACGCCUCCUACGUUCUGGGCCAUCGCCACAAUAAAGAAUUCAUUGUGAGUCAGACGCCGCUCAGCAGCACCGUGGAGGAUUUCUGGAGAAUGAUCUGGGAGCACAACACACGCGUGGUGGUCCAGCUGUCCGACCCACAUUGUCAGAGUGGGGACCGGGACCUGUGUGUGUAUCGGCCUGGUGAAGAGCAAAUAAUGAACUUUGAGGGAUUCACUGUGACGCAAUCAAUGGAGAGCCACGCGUGUCUGUCCAAUGACGACAAAGUGCUUGUGCAAGAUGUCACGUUAGAAUCCACGCAGAACGAUUACACUCUAGAUGUGCGUCUCUACAGCGCCCCCUGCUGGCCCAACCCUGACAGCCCCAUUCGAAAUUGCUUUGAAUUCAUCAACAUAGUGAACGAGCACAGCAGACGUGCACCAGGGCCGACAGUUGUACACGACCCACUGGGAGGUGUUACCUCUGGUCUUUUUUGUGCCCUCGCCACAUUGUCCAACCAGCUUCAGGACGAAGGACAAGUCGACGUCUACCAGGUGGCGAGGAUGACCAACCUCAUGAGGCCGGGAGUGUUUAAUGAUAUAGAGCAGUAUCAGUAUUUGUACCGGGCCGUGCUGAGUCUGGUGAGCAGCCAGGAGGACCAACGAGCCCUCCAGAGUUCAGAAACCAACGGAUCAGUACUGCUGGGGAAUAACAACAUUGCCGAAAGCCUUGAGUCACUCAUGUAGAUGACACACACACUCACACACACAUGCGAUAACAGAACAAAUCAGUAGUGAUGGGAAAAUGAAGCUUCAUGAACCAGUUGUUGUAUUCUUUGGGUCCUCUAGAUAGCAAUGUUGGUUUGAGGGUUUUAAGAAAUGGCAAGUCGGUGGGCUUUCAGCUCUUCGUUGCCAUCUAAGUAAACACAACAACGGAUUCAUGAAUCAUCUUGAAGCUUCAUUUGCCCAUCAUUACAAAUCAGUGUUAAAGCGUCCAAGUGUCCAAAAGCUGUGAGUAUUUUUUACACGCUUAAAAGUCUUCAUUCUGUGAAGCCAAAUUCACUCAGUUUUUUUUUUUUUUUGCUAACGCGACUGUUUGACUAAACCAAAAGGAUGGCUUUGUGAUCGACGUCUUUUUACUAAAGGUGGCUACUGUCUCGUUUGCACUUGUUAAGUCUAAAAUCAAACAGUUAGACAUUCCGUCCAAAUUCCGUCGUCAGUGUUGAACAAUUUUUGUCAGUAUUUUGUCCCCAAUCAGACACGAUCAGUCUAUAACAGUGAAACCUUUUGUUGUGUAAAUAUCCCUUAAAUACCAAAAGGCCAAAUUACUGUAUGUUUUUAUGUAUAUUUUCUAUGACAUUUUUCUAGUCAUUUACACAUAUUGUAUAACUACGUGGAUUCUAUUUGAUAAUUCCACGUACAGAUCAUAGAUUUAACUCAUUGUUAACGCUUUUUUAUCGUUGCGGUAAUUCUAGCAAGUUAACACAUUUAUCUGCAACCACAAAUGUGUGCGGUAUUGUAAAUAGCAAAAGAUUGAAUAAAAGACUUGAAUAUGA